AGAUUUGACCUUUCAAGCCAGUUUAUUACAGGCCCGUUUCACUAAAACCAACUUGUGCGCCCCAGGGAAGGGUUUUUUGGGUGUAAUUGGCCAUGACCAUAAACUUCUUAUCACCAUCUUCGUCUUCUACUUCCUGUUCAAUCUCUCGGGUGCUAAAUCCUCCGGCGAUAAUCCUUCUCGGCGUUCCCGCAACUGCUUCUGCUGCUACUUUCCACCACCGUGGAUGUCUAUCUAUCGAAAUAUUUAGCAAAGCAAGAAACAACGAUCGAAACCAGAAAUUGGGCGGAUUGGCCUCAUUACCCCUGCAACAAUCCAAUCGUACACUUGUUCAGUGCAACAGCACAAGCACUGGCGUAUCUCCCGUUAACACCGUCACAUUGAAGGACGUAAAGUUACUCUCACUCUUCCAAGAAAUCGGAAUUCAUGAGAGAGGAACGAAACUACUUUUGGAGAACAAUCCAGAUCUAACAUUCAGACCCGUUAAUACCAUUCGUGAUCGGAUUCAAUCUCUGGAGAAGCUGGGAAUCCAUUGCCACAAACUUGGCCGUCUGAUUUUAAAGCACCCUGAUUUAUUAACAGCAAAAGAAAUUGAUUCAUUUGUGCACUUUGUAACGGUUGAUUUGGAGAGCAAGAUCGAGCCUCUCAAGCUUGAGCACCUUUUCAACACAACAGAUCCCAGAUUCUUUGUGGGUUUUGAGGGAAAUGUUAAGUUGCUUCUUCAUCAUGGUGUUCCCCAAGAAAAGCUUGCUCAUGUACUUAACAAUGUUAACCUUGCCAAGGCUUUGUGUCUCAAGUCAGCUGAAGAACUUGAAAGAACAAUCAUUUUCUUGAACCGCUUUGGCGGUGUGGAUUUUAUUAUUCGACGGCCAGUUAUUCUGAAUUAUGAUCUUGAUGGUCAGCUGAUCCCAAGAUUUACGUAUCUAUAUGAGCUUAGUGAGAAAGACGAGGAUGCCACGGCAAAUGUGUUCCGUAAAGUCCCCGGAGUUUUGACAUACACUGUGGAUCAUUUGAAAGAUCACGUAGAGUUCUUGAGAUCCUUUGCCGGCUUAACUAAUCAAGAAAUAUUCAGGAUUGUUCUAUUGUAUCCGAAUGUGUUUAGCGCUAGUAGGAAGAGGAAGUUGCACCCUAGACUAGAUUUUCUCAAGCAGUGUGGGUUGAAUUCCAGGGAUAUUUUUAAAUUCUUGACAAAAGCUCCCCUUUUUCUCACCCUUUCCUUUGAUAAGAACCUUGCUUAUAAGUUGGUAUUUUUGGUGAAGAUUGGGUAUAAAAACAGAACAAAGGAUUUGGCGAGGGCAAUGGGAGCAAUAACCAGAAUCAGCUGCAAGAAUUUUCAGCAGGUGAUUGGGCUGUAUUUGAACUAUGGACUAACUUGCAAUGACAUUUUGAUCAUGAGUAAGAAGCAUCCCCAGGUACUGCAAUACAAUCAUGAAUCGUUGGAAGAGAAGAUGGAUUACUUGAUCGAGGAUAUGGGUCGUGAAGUUAGAGAGCUAUUGGGUUUUCCUGCAUUUCUUGGGUACAAGCUUGAUACUAGGAUUAAGUUUAGGUAUGAAGAAAGGAAGAAGGUUUCGGGAGAAGGAAUGUCCAUCAGCAAGCUACUAUGUGUAUCAGCUGAGAAGUUUAGAUCGAAGAAGAAGAAGAAGAGUCCACUGUUAUGAUUGACAAUCGGAGUAUAAUGAAGGAUGGAUGAUUGUCUGUCAUGAUUACAUUGGAGUCUUCAACACUUGAUUGAAGCCUUCUCUAACCGAUUCAAAUGCACAAGAAUUGAAUAUCUCAACCUCAGAUGGAGAGGAGACAAAGCAAUAACAGUUUGCUCAAUAUAUUGAAGCAAAUAGAGUUUGGAAGAGUAGGGUGUCUGCAAAGUGAUGGAAGACAGGGUGGUGGAAACUCGACUCUGGUAUUCUCUAUUUUGGCAUGUUGAUAUCAUCUCUGUGGGAAAAACCUAGUUUUUGGGUACCAACCAUCAUUAGGAGGGAGUUAAAACCCUCUUUAACAAGGCUUCCAUAAUUGUUUGGAUUCAUUGGGUCUUUUUGUGCCUUAAUUGGAUCAGAGAAGUAGAAACUUCUGGUGAAAACAAUGGCAUUACUUCCUUGAAUUUGUGUGUCGUACCGAUGCAAUCACGAUAUACAAAAGGUCACCUGCAUUUCCCGGUGAUUCGUUUGUAUGCCUACC